AUGGCCAAAAUCGCAUCAUUCGCCCUCAUCUGCGCCCUUCUUCCAUUCGCCUCUGCCACUUGUUCCAGUGAUAGCGAUUUUAGCGGACCAUGUAUUCCUCCGCAAGUUGUCGGCUCGAGCUGUGACACAACUGGUGGUGUCUGUGCGGCUAGUUCAACGGGAGAUGUUCAAUGCUGCCCCGCUUCAGCUCUGGUCGCCACCACGUCGCUCAGCUCACGCACCAGCAGCUCAUCGUCAACCUCUUGCUACGAUCGAUUGAAUCCCCGAACGGGAACCUCGGAUUGUCCGGCCCGUGUCAGUCUCUGCACCAACUCCGCUUACAAGACACUAAUGGCUGCGCAAUGCCCAAAAACCUGUGGUCUCUGCUCGUCAUCAUCAAGCUGUGUUGACAAGACGAACGCGGCCACCGGCAUCUCUGAUUGUCCGGCCAGAGCUGCAGCUGGCUACUGUACACGCAAGUACUACACCACUUUGAUGAGAAAACAAUGCCCCUCGUCGUGUGGUUUCUGC